ACUACUUCCUGGUCGUUUGUUAUAGACCGUCCUAACUCAUUUCUCCCACAAACAACACCAGCCGUGCAGCGACGAUGAAGCUGGUGUGUUUUCCUGCUGUUGUGUUAGUUGUGGCAGUUAUUGGAUUAAAUACAGGUGCAGUUUUUCUGUCUGAGGACUCACCAUGGACAAUCACGGCUGGGACCACUGCAUCUGUCAUUUGCGGAUACCAAAACAUAACAAACUACACAGUGUACUGGGAGAAAGAGGAACAUUCAAGGGUUACACCUGGAAAUGAAACUCUAAUUUUCCAAAACGUCCAAGUCACAGACCACGGAAACUACUCAUGCGUUAUUGAGGCGAAUGACACUGUACUUGAACAAAGAACCUUGGAAAUCCGUGUGAGCUAUCCUCCAGGGAAUAUUUCGAUAUCAGUCAAAAACAGAGUCAGAGUCAGAGCUAGUUACACCAUUCCGGGAGGUGCCAACGCCACUCUGGUCUGCUCUGUUGAUGGAUUUCCUCCUCCCUUCAUCACGUGGCGAAAGGAUGGCGACAUCAUAAAGGAAGAGAACCUCACAGACCGCUAUGGCCUCCGCCAGCCUCCCACUGACGGCUUCAUUAGUGUCUUCGACGUGAUCAACGCCGGGCGUGAAGACAGCGGCACCUAUGCAUGUACAGCUCACACCAGCGCCAACCAGAAUGAUAGUCCGGAGGCCGAGGUGCACCUGGCCGUGCCUAACUUUUAA